GCCCCAUCAUUGGUGUCAGUGGAAGGAAUAGCGCCCCAUCAUUGGUGUCAGUGGGAGGAAAAGUGCCCCAUCAUUGGUAUCAGUGGGAGGAAUAGCGCCCCAUCGUUGGUGUCAGUGAGAGGAAUAGUGCCCCAUCAUUGGUGUCAGUGGGAGGAAUAGUGCCCUAUCAUUGGUGUUGGUGGGAGGAAUAGUGCCCCAUCAUUGGUAUCGGUGGGAGGAAUAGUGCCCUAUCAUUGGUGUCAGUGGGAGGAAUAGUGCCCUAUCAUUGGUGUCGGUGGGAGGAAUAGUGCCCCAUCAUUGGUAUCAGUGGGAGGAAUAGUGCCCCAUCAUUGGUGUCAGUGGGAGGAAUAGUGCUCCACCAUUGGUGUCAGUGAGAGGAAUAG